UCACAAGGGAGGCUGAGGCUGCCACAGGGUAGCCUGAUCAGGAGGAGGCUGAGCCGAAGACUUUGGUUGCCACGGAUCCUCCUCAUCCUCUUAGAACUCCAGAGCUGGAGGGGACCCUGUGGGAUCACGGCGUCCAGCUCUUGUCAUGGCGGCCCAGUGGGUGGGAUGGCACAUUCCUUAGGCACACUUGGAUGCUGGGCCAGGUGCUUCUGAUGAGCAGCCGCUGGCCCAGGACCUCCAGGCCAAUGUGGACCGCGGUGCUCCUCCUGUGCCUGCCCCGUCUGGGCCUUGGAAUGCCCCUCCACGCGCUCCAGUCUCUGUCGCCGGCCAGGAACGAGUCUGCCCAUGGGCCCCAGCCCCCCAGCCCUUCCGGGGCCCUUCCCGUCACACCCACCGUGCUGGCCACCUCCAGCGAAGCCCCCGCCUUGUCCCUCAACCUGGGGCUCAAUUUCAAGAUCAAGGUGCGUAGCCAGGGGAAGAGCCGGCCCGGCGAGGGGACGGCGGGAGCCACCUCCACCCGGCCAGCCGUUCCCACCCAAUCCCAGGCACCCGGCGGCGGUGCCCGCUUCUGGGCGGAGGCCCUGGGGGGCUCGGGCUGGCCAGGCCCUGGCCCCGCUGCGGCUGAUGAGCUUCCCUCAGAGCCCGGGGGGUGGGCCUGGGAUGGUUCCUCAGCCCGCAGCACCCACCUUGACCCCUGGGCGCCUGCCCCCACGCCCCAGCACCCCUUCUCCCUUUGGCCAAGGCGGGCGGAGAAAGGACCGGUGGCGCCGGCGGUGCCCUCCCAGGAGGAGGGGGAGAGCAAGGAGCUGGAGUUCAAGAUCGACAUCGACCUGACGGCGGGGCUGGGCAAUGAGGGGGCCCUGGCACCCAACGGCAGCGGCAGCAGCAGCAGCAGCCCCGGCAGGCAGUACCCGCUGCUCCCGGGCCUCAGGGUGGGCAUCAAGGAGAUCACCAGCAAACUGGGUCUCUUCGGAUCCACGCUGCCGCCUGAGACAUGGGAACCCCCGGAGUGGAACGCCACAGGCAGCUCCUGGCAGGAAGAGGGGGACUCGCACCCGACUCCAGUGUGGGUCUCAGGACCAGGCCUGGAGUCCAUCAGCCUGUCCGCCUCCCCGGGCAGCGAGGGGGCGUUUGUGGCCCUGCCCGGCUGCCUGCCUGGUGACCGCCCGGAGGACUGCGGCUCCCCGCGGCCGGAGCUCGACUCGCCCCCGCUCUCCUCCCUGCUCCUGCCCUCCCUCCCCCUGUUCGUGCCUCUGCAUUCGGACUGGAACACGGCCCAGGCCGACUGGGGCCUGGCCUGGGAGGCCCACAUCUUCGGCGCGGGCGCCCUCUUUGCUCUCCUGGCCCUGCUCCACCUGCUGCUGCUGGGGGCCGGGGGCGCGCGGGCCGGGCUGCUCUUCGGCGAGGCCUGGGGGCAGCUGGAGCGCUUCCCCGACGUGGCCGUCCGGCUGAUGCACGACCUGGCCCUGCCGUGCCUGACCUCCGCCUUCGCCGUGGCCUUCCUCCUCCUCUCCCUCCGCUCGCGGCUCCAGCGGUCGGCGCGCCCCGGCUCCCGGCCGGCGUGCCUGCUGGCCCUGCUGGUCGUCCUGCACUUCUCGGUGGCGGCGGGGGCCGUCUUGGCCGCUGACCUGCUGAGCCUCUUCCCCUUCGUGCUCCUGGCCUCGCGAGGGGUCUUUGCCCUCCUGGCGGCCGGGCUGUCCUCCUCCUUCCUCAUCUUCUCCUGGGUGCCCUUCGCCGAGGCCCGAGAGUGGCAGCGGGCCGCCCGCACCGCUCUCCCGGCCGCCUGCUUCGGACUGCUCAGCGCCGCCCUGCAGACCUACGCCAUCCUGCACGCCCUGGGCUUCGGCCUCAGCCAGGACCUCUUCGGGCCCUGGCCCUGGUGGGCCCUGCAGCUGGCGUGCCGGCUCUGCGAGGCGGGGAUGGGGCUGCCCUUGGCCUGCCUCGGCCUCUACCCGCUCCUCUGCCCGCCCUGCGGCCACGAGGGCUGGGGCCGGUGCUGCGGGCGGCUCCUCUGCCUCUCCCCGGACCACCGCGCCGCCGGGGCCGCCGUCAAGGCCCAGAUCCUGCCCAACAACCAUUUCCAGCAGUGGGGCUUGUCCCAGCACCAGAAGCUGGUGGUCUGCGACACCAUCACCCGCAGCGAGUCCGACUACCUCCCGCUCUACGCCCUGCCCGCCGGCGACCCCUCGGGCGAGGGCAGCGCCCUGUACGCCUCCAGCACCUUCUCCUUCAGCCUGACCCGGGAGCCGCCCUCCUCCUCCUCCUCGCUGGGGAGCCACCUGUCCCGCACGGCCUCCUGCGCCGAGCUGGUGCCCGCCCGGUCCUCCCUGGCGGCCGGGGAGGCCUCUCCGGAGACCAGCGCCCCCAACACCACCCUCUCUUCCCCGGGGNUGACCCCCGUCUCGCAGGAGUCCUUGGCCUCGGUGGGGCGGCCGCCGCCCCCGCCGGCGCCCCAGGGAACAGACGCGGCCCUCCUGCAGGAGCAGUUCCUGGACGUUUGUCGGCAGAUCGACACGCUCAGCGUCAGCAGCGACACCAUAGACUUGUAGCCCCCCUCCCCGACCUUGGCAGGGGGGCCCUCCCCGGGGAGGCUGCCGUGGGGCGGGUGCUCUCUGAAGCUCUAGGGAGCCUGCCCCGUCUUGGGCCUUGGACGUUCAGGGCUCCCCCCCCCGGCUCUUUGGGAAGGGGAGAAGAGCUUCUGCUUCGGCGGUGGGUGGGUGGCUGCCUGGGAAUGGAGGGGCUUGUUGUGGCCCAGACACCCCCCCCCCAAGGAGACCCUCUCCUCACCCCACUCUUGCCAUGGCAAGGCAGCGAGCGAGGCCCCUUCUCUUCCCUAGGAAGCUGCCCCACAACCCCUUUCCUCCCUGGGUCUGCUGAGGUCUCUGUGCUAGAAACCCACCCGGCCACCCCUCUUCUCCCUGGCCCCUGCUUUGCCCCACUCUCUGACCUCUCCUCGGGGGUGGGGGUGGGUCCUGCCUCCCAGCCAGAUGUUUGCCCCGUUUAGUCGCAACAGAAGGAAAGGCAACCCUUGUUCUGUGUUGUGGAACCCUAAGCGAAGGACCUGGUGGCCUGUAGAGACCCCUUUCUUCCCUGGAGCGAGGUCUUGGGGAGGGAGAGCCAGAAAGAGUUUUAACCCUUAAAUUAUCAAUAAAA